AUGUUUUAUGCUUAUUCAGAUAAUUUAUUUGUAUAAUAUUUGAAGUGUUUAAUUAGAUAAAUAAACUUACCUGCUGCAAAAAAACGCAGAUAAAAUAAAAAAGAUUAAAUCAUGAAAUUUUCAAUAUAAUUAAAAAAAAGUAUUAUCUAUUAUUCUAUGAAUUUCUACCCAAUUGACUUUGAAGAACAAGCCUCUUAAUAGUUAAUUAACGAACCCUAAAUUGAGUAAACGAAUGAGUCAUUAUACUAUGAGUAUGACCAAAGUGCUUAUUAGGAGCCAGAAUAACUUAAUACUUUUGAUGGGUAUCUAUAAGAAGAGCCUGUCCUUUUGUUUAAUUAUGUUGAAGAAGCACCAAAAAGGAAAACUAAACAUGUUAACAGAAAAUCUAAAAAAAUUAGAAAAGCUGAUUCAGAAACAGAUGUUCCUUCAGGAAAAAGAAUUAAAUCUCGUAUUACUAAUAAUGAUGUCUUGAAAUUACAGUAAUGUUAGAGAUUAAAAACAAUAAUCUCUCAAAUGGAGGCUCUCUUACAAUAAACAAGAACAUCAAUUCUCAGUCAAUAUAUGAAAAAUCACACUAAGUGACCUCCUUAAUGAUUAAAUAUAUCGAGUUAUAUAUAUAUAUAUAUUUGUAGUAACAUAUAUUAUAAUA